CCCUGCUGGAGCACAUUUCCAAGCUUUGGGAGAGCACUACACACCUUUUUAAAAACCUAGUAAGUGUUUUUAGUGAGGAUUAAUCAAGGGCGAUACCCAAUACUAUAAUACCCAAUUCUAUAAGAAUAUAGGAAAGCUUUGUUUUUUUCUUUGUUCACACGGCUCCAUCUGAGUAAGGCAGAAUUAUAUUUGCAUCAAAUAAAUUCAGUCUGUGCGGCUUUCGGUCAGGCACUGCCCAGGAAACAAGAAGUGGGAAGUUGCACAGUUGGAUGGGAGUCAGCAAAAAAAAAAUGUAAGUCUGGAUCACUUCUGAUCGCAUCGAGACACAAAAAAGAGACUGGCCGAGAUGAGUGUGGAUUACAGAGAAUACGAUGAUUACACUGCGGAUAACGAGACCGAGAAAAACUUCACCAAAUUCGGCCCGCUGAACUUCAGCGGUCCUCGGUCUGCUUUCACGUCUCUUCUGGUGGCUUUCAACGUCGUUAUUUGUGUCGUGGGCCUGGCGGGGAACUCGCUGGUGAUCUGGAUCUGUGGAUGGAAGAUGAAAAGAACCGUCCCCACCACUUGGUACAUGAGCCUGGCCAUCUCCAACUUGCUGUUUUGCAUCUUCCUGCCCCUGGAACUGAUCUACAUGAUGACCUCGCACUGGCCCUUUGGACUGGUGCUGUGUAAGCUCAUGUCCUCCGCUCUGUUCCUCAACAUGUACAGCAGCGUCUUUCUCUUGGUUCUGAUCAGCGUCGAUCGCUGCGUGGUGGCGUCCUUUCCCGUGUGGUCGCGCAACCACCGCACGGUGCGGCGGGCCUCUGCGCUCGUCGUCCUCACCUGGCUCCUCUCGGCGCUCCUGACCUUGCCCUCGCUGAUCCACCGGCGCACCGCCCCGCACGGAGCCGUCACCCUGUGCGUCAUGCAUUACGCCGACGUGCCCGGACACAAGGCGGUGGUGCUCACUCGCUUCACCUGCGGGUUCCUGCUCCCUUUCCUCGCCAUCGUACUGUGCAGCACGGUGCUCGGCGCCAAGCUAAGAGGCAUGAGCAUCAAGUCCACCAAGCCCUACAAGAUCAUGGCGGCGCUCAUCUUGUGCUUUUUUGUCUGCUGGGUUCCUUACCACACGUUUGUCCUCCUGGAGAUACACAUGAAGUCCCGCACCCUGGAGAGUUUUCGCACCGGGAUGAAAGUAGGGGUGACUCUGGCGGCCUCAAACAGCUUCGUAGCCCCGGUUCUCUACAUUUUCGUCGGAAACGAUUUCAGUCAAAUCCUGAGGAGCUCGCUGACGCAGAGGUUUGAGUCGGUGAUGGCGGAGGAUUUUCGUACCGGAGGCCUCGGUUACUGGCGGGAUCAGCCGCAGCAAGCUGUUUGAUUGGACGCACAAAACAUGUCAGUCAUUGGGAUGGUUCCAUGAUUCCUAGUAUUCCUUCUGUGAAACAAAUUGUUUUGGUGAAAUACAUAGUAUUAACCUAACCCGGGGGUCUGCAACCCGCGGCUCUAGAGCCUCUAAAGAGGUCUUUAGCGCCGUAAAAAUCUAUGAUGGGGGAAACAUAUAUUUUUAGUUUUAAUAUGGUUUCUUUAGAAGGACAAACCUGACACAAACCUUCCUAAUUGUUAGCAAUCCCACUGUUUAAAUUAAACAUGCUUCACUGAUUAGAGUAUUUGGCGAGCGCCGUUUUGUCCUGCAAAUUUUGGCGGUCCUUAAACUCACCGUAGUUUGUUUACAUGUACAACUUUCUCUGAUGCUGCCACUCCUUUGUCUCAUUUUGUCCACCAAACGUUUUUUUACUGUGCGUGAACACACAAAGGUGAGCUUUGUUGAUGUUAUCGACAUGUGUGGAGUGCUAAUCAGGCAUAUUUGGUCAGUGCAUGACUGCAAGCUAAUCGAUGCUAACAUGCUAUUUAGGCUAGCUGUAUGUACAUAUUCCAUCAUUAUGCCUCCUUUGGAGGUAUAUCUGAGAUCAUUAAAUUUCCUUUACUUAUCUCCUCUGUGUAUUUAAUUUAUAUCUGCAUGUCGCAUGGCACAUUACACAUUAUAUGUAAUAUUGGCUGCAUUUCGUAUAGUUGUUUGUGUGCCAUGUUGUUCCAGACCACAGCAAACGCUACCCGGCUUGCAAAGAUUGUAAGAAAUCCAUUGGAAGAACACACACACUCAUCCAUACCUUUAGCCAUUCUAAGACAGUCAUUUCCAGGAUUUAUCUCACCGUCUGAGAGGCCUCUGUUUUAUUAAUGUUUUCCAAUGUUGUAAAAAUGUGUAGAAUAAAUAUUACAUUUCAACAUUUAUGUUAACGAAGAUUUGUGUCAGCCGACACAUCAUCAUUUAAUUAGUAGGCUAUUAUAGCUAAUAUAGACACUUAUAUAAUGUGUUGCCCAUAAUAAGAUCUAUAUAAGGCUUUUAACUUUUUGCAGCUCCAGGCAGAUCAUUUUUUCUCCUUCAACAUUUUGGGUUGCCGACCCCUGGCCUAACCUUAAUCCUUUGGUGCUCCUUCAACUUAAUUGUGAAAAGAUGCUGUUUACAAUCAAUAGCGUUUAAUUUUUAUACUCCAGCCACUCUCUUCCUCAUCCGACACGGAUCACAUGACGUCACAAAAACACGGUCUGAAAAAGAUCAUGAUUUUACUCAUCAGUUUAACAGCAACAGCAUCUUCCAUUUUUAAAAUAAUUGUGUUCAUGAAAAUAUAUUUUUUCCCGCAUGCGUACUAGGUCGCGUUGCGCCGACGGACGGAAGGAGGGAGGGGGUCUUAAACGACCAUUGUGUGUGUGUGGACACGGAUAAGGUUAGGUGGGAUUUACCCUGGAUAACCUUAGUGUAGAAGGGGCUUAAGUAUUCAACAAUGAGUGAGGAGACACCGACUGGUGUGCUCACUGGCAAAUACAGCCUGAAAUAACUUUAGAUAAAACGCUGUGCAAAUAAAUGACAUGCACUUAAGUAAAAUGCAUAAAAACGUUCCUGGAUUGAUUGAUUGAUUGAUUGAUUGAUUGAUAGAUUGCACAGUACAUAUUCCGUACAAUUGACCACUAAAUGGUAACACCCUAAUAAGUUUUUCAACUUGUUUAAGUCGGGGUCCACUUAAAUAAAUUCAUGGUACAAAUAUAUACUAUCAUCAUAAUGCAGUCAUCACACAAGUUAAUCAUCAGAGUAUAUACAUUGAAUUAUUUACAUUAUUUACAAUAUUUACAAUCCGGGGGUUGGAAUGAGGAGGGUUUAGUUGAUAUCAGCACUUCAGUCAUCAACAAUUGCAUCAUCAGAGAAAUGGACAUUGAAACAGUGUAGGUCUGACUUGGUAGGAUAUGUACAGCAAGCAGAGAACAUAGUGAGUUCAGAAAGCAUAAGAACAAGUAUAAACAUUUGAUUAUUUACAUUUGGUUAUUUACAAUCCGGGGAGGUGGGAUGUGGAAGGGGGAAGGUGUUAGUCAAGGGUUGAGGUUGACUGGAGGUGUUGUUUUAGUGCGGUUUUGAAGGAGGAUAGAGAUGCCCUUUCUUUUACACCUGUUGGGAGUGCAUUCCAUAUUGAUGUGGCAUAGAAGGAGAAUGAGUUAAGACCUUUGUUAGAUCGGAAUCUGGGUUUAACGUGGUUAGUGGAUGACAAUAAAAUUGCACUUGCGUACAAACAUUGUAGUCUUUUCUUCAACAAAUGCUAACGUGAGUAAUUUAAUCCUAACUCGAAAAUGUGAAUAGUCUGAUUUUUUAUUAAAUUACCUUUUAACAGCCUUAUUACUAGGGCUGUAAAUCUUUGGGUGUCCCACGAUUCGAUUCAAUAUUGAUUCAUGGGGUCACGAUUCGAUUCAAAAUCGAUUUUUUUUUUCCAUUCAACACGAUUCUCGAUUCAAAAACGAUUUUUCCCCAAUUCUCUAUUCAUUCAAUACAUAGAUUUCAGCAGGAUCUACCCCAGUUUGCUGACAUGCAAGCAGAGUAGUAGAUUUUUGUAAAAAGCUUUUAUAAUUGUAAAGGACAAUG